AUGACAUCUCCGACCACCUCUGUCGUCUUCAGACGUACCGACGGUGACCUUCCCCGGACCAUCGAGCAAUCGUCAGAGUCCGUGCCAAAGCCCGAGGAGCUUGGCUCGAGCGAUGUUCUCGUCAAGAUUCAUGCCGUGUCGCUGAACUUCCGCGAUGUGGCUAUGCUGAACGGCAGGUACCCCGUUGAAGUUGAGCAACGAGGCAUUCCGUGCUCCGACUGCGCCGCCGAGGUCAUCGCCGUCGGUCCGGCCGUGCGAGAUUUUGUCGUUGGAGACCGAGUCGCCCCAAUCUUCGACUUGAACAACCUUACCGGACACGAGGAUGAGCCGAUGAAGGCCUUGGGAGGAGACGUCGCCGGCGUCCUGCGGGAAUAUGCUGUCUUCAGCGAAAGCGUCCUCGUUCACCUGCCGAAGCACUUGACCUGGGAAGAGGCGGCCACGAUCACUUGCGCCGGAGUGACGGCAUGGAAUGCUCUCGAUACGCCCACGUCAGCGCGCAAAGGCGCCGCUGCACUGUUGCAAGGUACCGGAGGCGUUAGCAUUUUCGCACUUCUGCUAUGCCUUGCCAGCGGUAUCAAGCCAAUCAUCACCUCGUCCUCGAACGAGAAGCUCGAGUCCAUCAAAAAGCUUGAUCCACGCAUCUCCGGCAUCAACUACAAGACAACAGCCGAUCAGAAAGCCGAAAUUCUUCGGGCCACCGACGGCAAGGGCGUAGAUUUUGUUGUCAACAACACGGGCGCUGCGUCCAUUCCGGACGAUAUCGGAUUCCUGAGCCAGAAGGGUGGAACAGUGUCACUCGUCGGCUUUCUGGAUGGGGCGAGUCCUAACUGGAAUCCAAACGCACUCAUGGCUCUGAUGAGCAAGGCCGCGAAACUGAAGGGUGUUGCAGUGGGCUCGAAGCUGGAUUAUCAGCGAUUGAACGAGUUUCUGGAGGAAAAGAAGGUCAAACUUGGUUCUGUCAUAGACCGAGUCUUCUCGUUCCAGGACUCCAAGGCAGCCUUUGAUUAUCUGUACUCUGGUAAACAUGUCGGCAAGGUUGUCAUUAAGCUUUGA